UUUGACCGUUCUCUAGCUGAAAAUAACCAGCAGCAGCUGUAAAUGUGGACCAUGUUUUAGUCCCACCCCCAGGAAACAAAGAAGGCUGCCCUAGUUUUGAGUUUCAGCGGAGAGAAGACGGAGAGAAAACAAGGCUAGCGCCGUUCCUGCGACACAAGAAGCAAGAACAGCUAUGACGUCCGUGUCCCUCCUGCUGUCCCUCCUGCUGGGUGUGGCUGAUGUUCGAGGAGGGUCAGAGUUCAGAAUCUGUGCCUUCAAUCUUCAUCAUUUCGGGGAAUCCAAAUCUAACAAGAACGAGAUCAUGAUAACUCUGGCCAGGAUCAUUACUCGCUGUGACGUGUGUUUGCUUCAGGAGGUCAGAGACCGUAAAGGAACAGCCGUAUCAAAGCUGCUUCAAACGAUCAGAAGGUAUGACACGAGGAACCAGUAUGACCUUUUGGCCAGUGAGAGGCUGGGCAGGAAGGGGUCAUACCAGGAGCAGUACGUGUUCGUCUACAGGACCAACACUGUGAAGGUUACUGAUCGGUAUCAGUACCCAGAUAAUAUGCCAGGAGAUGAAGAUGCUUUCUCCAGAGAACCUUUUGUUGUUCGCUUCAAAGCCCCAAAGACCUCUAUACAGGAGUUUGUUCUCAUCCCUCAACACACCACUCCGACCAACGCCACUAAAGAGCUGGAUGCCCUGUAUGACGUCCUGCAGAACGUGAGAAGGAUGUGGAGAACUGAGAACGUGAUGCUUCUCGGGGACUUCAACGCCGACUGCGGUUACCUGGCAAAGAAGAACCGGGACAAAGUGCGUCUGAUUACAGACAGGAGCCUCCAUUGGCUGAUAGGAGAGGACAGCGACACCACCGUGAAACACAGCACGUCCUGCUCCUACGACAGGAUUGUCAUCCACGGAGAAAAGUUUAACGGAGCAGUUGUCCCUUCCUCAGCCCAGCCAUUUAACUUCCAACAGGAAUACAGACUAACAGAAGAACAGGCGCUAAAUGUGAGCGACCAUUACCCAGUGGAGGUCCUGCUGAAGGUCAGCAGUUCCAGAUCCUUCAAUGGAGUCACUUCCUUUACAAGCAGCUUCACUGUGUUUCAGUGUUUCUGCCUUAUAAUCUGUCACCUUUUGUCAUAGCAACUGGACAGCGAAUGUAUUGAGAUGUUUUAUAGCUCACCUCUCAACACAUUCAACCUGAGUUCAACUUUAAAACCUUUUGAUUUCUAGUUCUAGAAAAUGAAAUAAUAUGCAUGUUUUUUUUUCUCUCUAACUCUUGUUUUUCUUUGGUGUUGUACUUUCCACUGUUUGAAAAUUCCUCCAUUUUUUUUCUCACUUUUGUCAUUUUAUCCAUAGAGAUAAAAUAAAUAUCUAUUAUUUUUUUUAAAUAUUAUUUAUUUUUUGCACCAGAAAUACUUCAGUUCUGUAAAUAAAAGUUGGACGUUCUUAGCUACUUUUUGUGGAUACAUUUUCUCUUCAGUGAAUCCUCAGCACCUUCAGAGUGACUAAACUAUAUUUAUCUAGUAACCCUGGGAUUAUAUCUGAAUAUAAAAGUACAAGAUUUUAAUCUUUGUGGCUCCACUUGACUUCAAAGUGCAAUGCUUCUUUCAGACACGGCUAAACAAGAUAAAAGUAAUUAUGAAGACAUUUUAUGACUAAUGGAAAUGGAAUAAAACCUAAAAGACAGGUAUCUAAAAUGGUGUCAAAUAGAUAUUUUUUUUUCAUUGCAUUGGGAGCCACAUUUAAAACACUCCUCCCUAUAUAAUAUAUAGAAAGUGAUUUAAUGUUGGGAACACAUAUGAUGCCCUAACCUAACAAUUUACUAAAGAUUAUAGGUGGAAAAAUUCAGUGUGUUAUUUUGCGGUUAUGAAAAGUUUAUGAGUGAAAAAGACAGACAUGUACAGUAACCAUGUGCCUCUGUAGUUGGAGGGGAACUACGCAUCAUUUUUACACAGGAACCUGUGCCCAGAACCUCCAGGUUCUGGCCACCUGAACCAGAGCCUACAACCAUACAGCUGCAGGCGCUACUGCUUAAGACGACCAAAUCCCGCUGCACAUCUACAUGUUAAAGUCGUCAAAAUCAAGCUAGCACAACUGACCUCCCUCACUCCCUGGCUGUUUUAUUAGUUCUAACUUUUUACUGACAUGAUACCAUUGGACCCAACAUUAAAAUAUGUUGUGCUUUGUA